AUGAGGGCGCGCCACUGGGGGAUAUUGGUGCUGCUCAGUCUCGUCGUUCUCGCAAUAACGCCUCAGCGAGCGGACGCGAAAGGCAUCAGAGCUGCAUUCAAAGGCCUGCUAAACAAGCUAUUCCGAAGGAAACAUGGGGAUGAUGAUAUCGAACUAAACGAUGAAAAAAAAGGCGCGGCAUCCGCGGCCAAGUUCCCCGCGAUAACCCGCGACACGAUGGCACCUGCAAGCCAGCGGCUCCCAAGCUAUGAAAGAAGACCGGCAUUCAACCUGUUGUACGGCGACUUAGGCCGAUAUGGCUCGGAGGAAGUCAUCCUCGAAUUGGAAGCAGGAUUCCACAACUUCGCUGCAAAUCUGUAUCAAGGCCAGCUGAUGAUUCGUGGAGCCAUGUCUCGCUUGGCAACAGCGAUCAAAAGGGUGACGAUGCCCAUUGCUGCUGAGCAUGCUAGGAGCCUGUGGCACCUCCGACAGCGUGCCGUCAACCUGUACUUCGACAGUCGAGUUCUCGCUCUGCGAUGCUUGUAUAUCGCCUACUUCCCGAUUCCUGCCACAGAAGUCUGGGAUACGAGAGAUAUUGCAUACCGCAGGAGAAAGCUGGUGCACUUUCUGGGGACGUAUUACAUGCUGGAUGCCCGGCUCUCGCUUCUUCUUCGCUUUAUGAAAGGACUUCUUUCGACGGUGGCAGAGGUUUUUACGACCCAGAGAAAAGGGAGCAAGCUGAUGUCGAUGGGCCAGCUGAUUCAGACCAGCGGCCUGUACUUGAUUGAUGCAAUGGCAUUAUUCUCCAAAACGCUAGCCGGUUUGAAAGAGGCUGUCGUCGCGGCAACCGUCUUCCCCCACCUUCGCGAGAGAGCGUAUCGUGCGCUUCAUCUGACGGGCUUGGACUCGCAUCAGAUGCUGAACGUAGCCAAGAACGCCAUUGACUCAAGUGUUCAGUUCCGUAGAGGAAGAAUCGAGCAGGUAUUCAAUGCCGAGGCGGACGAAGACAUGAUGCGCCGCUAA